AUGGAGUUGCUCGGGUUGUGGAUAUCUGUUUUGGGCUCUCUGAUGUUUGCGGAAAUCUCGUGGACUCUACCCAUUGAUCAGGAUCAGCAGCUGAGGCCUGAGGAUUUGGAGCUGGCUGAGGGCUACCUCAGGAGAUUUUACAACCUGGACGACAGAAGCAGACACAGAGUGCCAGUGAGACGGAUUAGGUCCCCCCCAGCAGUCAUGGAGGAGAAGAUCAGAGAAAUGCAAAACUUCUUCGGUCUGAGAGAGACGGGACACCUGGACUCUCAUACCCUGGAAGUGAUGAGGGAGCCAAGGUGUGGUGUUCCAGAUGUGGAAAACUUCAGCUUUUACCCCGGAAAACCUAAAUGGAAGAACCCCACCAUCACAUACAUGAUUGCCAAAUACACUCCGGACAUGAAGAGAGAGGAUGUGGAAAAGUCCUUUCGCUCAGCCCUGAAGAUGUGGAGUGAUGCAGCACCACUGAGGUUCAUCAAAGUCAACCAUGGCAAAGCUGAUAUAGUCUUAUCCUUCGCCCGCAGAACUCAUGGUGAUUUCUUUCCCUUUGAUGGACCCCGGGGUGUUCUGGCUCACGCCUUCCAGCCUGGAGAGGGGAUGGGAGGAGAUGUACACUUUGAUGAGGAUGAAACAUGGACGGCAGGGAGGCAAGGUUACAGCCUGUUUGCUGUUGCAGCUCAUGAGCUUGGCCACUCACUGGGUUUGACUCACUCAAAGGAUCCCUCUGCUAUCAUGUACCCCAAUUACAGGUAUCGCAGCAGUACACAGUACUCUCUGUCCAAAGAUGAUGUGCUUGGCAUCCAAACAUUGUACGGUAAGCCCUCCAAAAAAGAAGAAACCCAGCAGGCUCCCAAAAAAUGUGACCCCAACUUUUCUUUUGAUGCAGCAACAGUAAUUGGAAAUGUGAUAGUUUUCUUUAAAAACAGGUACAUGUGGAUGAGAACAACAUGGACGACCUAUUGGAAUCGCCUGACAGAGGGCCACAGCAGCACGUAUUUACCGAGCAUCGGUUCUCACGUUGAUGCUGCUUAUGACAUCCCUGCCAAAGGCGUGGCAUACAUAUUCACUGGUCAUAAGUACUGGGUGGUUGAACAGCUUAAGAUGAAAAGUCGUUCUGGCUCCAUCCAUGAGUACGGCUUCUCCUCCAAAAUCAGGCAGAUUGACGCUGCCGUGCACGUCAGUGAAUAUGGGAAAACAUUCUUCUUCACGGGGGAAUUUUAUUACAGGUAUGAUGAGCGCAAGAGACGGAUGGACCCAGGCUUCCCCAGACUCAUCCAAACAGACUGGCCUGAAAUCCCCAGAAGGGUCGACGCUGUCUUUAAGUUGCAUGGAAGCAUCUUCCUCCUCAGUGGGAUAAAAUCCUACCAGUACGACUACAGACAAAAGCGGGUGGUGAAAAUAAUUUCAGCAAAUUCUUGGCUGGGAUGUUGAUACAGUGCUGGAGCUUCUUAAAUUGUUAAUGAGAAUACAUCUUUUACAUAGCACAUUUCAUAACACUGAAAUGAGAAAU